AUGCAGUCCACAGCCUCCCACAGCCACACGCGGGACCACAGAUGCAGUCCACAGCCUCCCACAGCGACACGAGGGACCACAGAUGCAGUCCACAGCCUCCCACAGCCAAACGCGGGACCACAGAUGCAGUCCACAGCCUCCCACAGCCACACGCGGGACCACAGAUGCAGUCCACAGCCUCCCACAGCCACACGCGGGACCACAGAUGCAGUCCACAGCCUCCCACAGCGACACGAGGGACCACAGAUGCAGUCCACAGCCUCCCACAGCCACACGCGGGACCACAGAUGCAGUCCACAGCCUCCCACAGCCACACGCGGGACCACAGAUGCAGUCCACAGCCUCCCACAGCGACACGAGGGACCACAGAUGCAGUCCACAGCCUCCCACAGCCACACGCGGGACCACAGAUGCAGUCCACAGCCUCCCACAGCCACACGAGGGACCACAGAUGCAGUCCACAGCCUCCCACAGCCACACGCGGGACCACAGAUGCAGUCCACAGCCUCCCACAGCGACACGAGGGACCACAGAUGCAGUCCACAGCCUCCCACAGCGACACGAGGGACCACAGAUGUAGUCCACAGCCUCCCACAGCCACACGAAGGACCACAGAUGCAGUCCACAGCCACACGAGGGACCACAGAUGCAGUCCACAGCCUCCCACAGCCACACGCGGGACCACAGAUGCAGUCCACAGCCUCCCACAGCGACACGAGGGACCACAGAUGCAGUCCACAGCCUCCCACAGCCACACGAGGGACCACAGAUGCAGUCCACAGCCUCCCACAGCCACACGAGGGACCACAGAUGCAGUCCACAGCCUCCCACAGCCACACGAGGGACCACAGAUGCAGUCCACAGCCUCCCACAGCGACACGAGGGACCACAGAUGCAGUCACAGCCUCCCAUGCAGUCCACAGCCUCCCACAGCCACACGAGGGACCACAGAUGCAGUCCACAGCCUCCCACAGCCACACGAGGGACCACAGAUGCAGUCCACAGCCUCCCACAGCCACACGAGGGACCACAGAUGCAGUCCACAGCCUCCCACAGCCACACGAGGGACCACAGAUGCAGUCCACAGCCUCCCACAGCCACACGAGGGACCACAGAUGCAGUCCACAGCCUCCCACAGCCACACGAGGGACCACAGAUGCAGUCCACAGCCUCCCACAGCCACACGAGGGACCACAGAUGCAGUCCACAGCCUCCCACAGCCACACGAGGGACCACAGAUGCAGUCCACAGCCUCCCACAGCCACACGCGGGACCACAGAUGCAGUCCACAGCCUUCCACAGCCACACGAGGGACCACAGAUGCAGUCCACAGCCUCCCACAGCCACACGCGGGACCACAGAUGCAGUCCACAGCCUUCCACAGCCACACGAGGGACCACAGAUGCAGUCCACAGCCGGCAUAAAAAGAUAAACAGCAUAAAGGCUUCACUCUCGCUGGUCAGACCCUACUCCCAGCCUGGUGCAUUAUACCGGCAAGAGGCGGUAGGCCAUCUCCAGUGA